GGCUGGCGGACGUAUCUACAGACUUGACUUUAUUUAUCUCAAUAAGAAGACAACUUGACGGGCAGGCUAUUGAAUUUGGAAAUCUGAAGAAGAGAAGAAGAAGAUGAGCGGAGAGGGGAAGAGAGUAUGCGUGAGUGGUGCCUCCGGCUUCAUAGCUUCUUGGCUCGUCAAGCUUCUACUCCACCGCGGUUACACCGUCCACGCCACCGUUCGCAACCUCAAGGAUCCGAAUAAGGUGGCACAUCUUCUUGCGUUGGAAGGUGCCAAGGAAAGGUUGCAUUUGUUUGAAGCGGACUUGCUAAAGGAAAAAUCUUUUGAUUCUGCCAUUAAUGGGUGUGAAGGUGUUUUCCACACAGCAUCACCUGUUAAUAUAUCACCUUUAGCAACUAAGGCAGAAGUAGUUGAUCCUGCAGUGAAGGGAACACUAAAUGUUCUUGGAUCAUGUGUAAGAACACCUUCAGUAAAAAGGGCAGUCCUAACAUCUUCAACAGCUUCAAUUGUGUACAAGCAAAAGCCCAUAAGUCCAGAUGAUGUAGUGGAUGAGACUUGGUUUUCAGAUAAAGAAUAUGUGGAGGAAACCAAGCAAUGGUAUAUCCUUUCAAAAAUCCUUGCUGAGGAAGCUGCAUGGAAAUGUGCAGAGGAGAAUGGAAUUGACCUGGUGCUUUUGCAUCCAACUUUGGUAAUUGGCCCUAUUUUACAGCCAACUCUUUGUACAUCAAAUCAAAUAUUUUUGGACCUCGUAAAAAAAGGCAAGGAAAUGGUCCCCAGUGAAAUCUUCAGUUUCGUUGAUGUUAGAGAUGUUGUGCAUGCACAUAUCCAAGCAUUUGAGUUGCCUUCUGCCAGUGGAAGAUACUGUUUGGUUGGGACAACAAUGCACUCUUCCAAAGCAUUGAAGAUUGUAGGCCAGCUUUACCCUUCCCUUGCCAUUCCCCAAAAAUAUGAAGACAACUUGCUUGCAAUACCAAGCUAUCAAGUUUCUCAAGAAAAGGCAAAAAGUUUGGGUAUCAACUUCACUUCUUUUGAAGUGAGCCUUAAGGAUACUGUUGAAAGUCUAAUGCAGAAAAAGUUUCUCAACUUAUAAUUUGAUUAGUAAAAGCACAAACUCUUUAUGUAGAAUAAUGCUUACUGUAAGACAAAAUUUUCACAUAUAAUGUGUUUGUUUUAAACAUAAAA